AUGCCUCCUCCUCCACCACCUCCGCCGCCUCCACCACCAGGCCCACCGCCUGCUCCAGGUCCUCCUCCACCUCCACCUGGCGGACUACCCGCAAGAGCUCCAGCGGGACCUGGUCGGGGUGCUCUACUCUCCAGUAUCCAGCAAGGCGCGAUAUUAAAGAAAGCGGUUACGAAUGAUCGAAGUGCUCCGACCGUAGGCCAAAAAGCUGGCAGCUCUGGCGGAUCUACUGUUGGGGCACCGCCUGUUCCCGUCAUACCUGGUGGACAAAGGAAGCCCAGCGGCCUUGCUCCUCCUCCGCCCGGAAACCGAGCGCGCAGCAGUAGCGAUGGCGGGAAUGAUGCUGGAGGUGGAGGAUCCGGACCACCUCAGCUUGCGGGGAUUUUAGCAGGAGGCAUCCCGAAGCUACGGAAAACGGGUGGGGGCGGGAUUAACACAGGAGCGGAGAAGAAUUCGCCAUAUCUGUCAGAUCCCGAAUCGUCUCGGGGCUUUCGUCCAGCGCCUUCGGCACCGAAACCACCAACCACCCAUCGAGCGGCGCCACCCGUGCCUUCAGGCAAUGCAUCGUUACCCAGCAUAGCCGCAUUGAAGAGCAACCUGCGCCCGAUGUCGAUCGCCUCCACGCAUAGCGCCCCAGAGGUGGCAUCGAAACCGAAACCACCGCCAAUUGGCAAAAAACCCCCGAUACCCCCUCCCGCAUCUCGAAAACCUUCCGCGCAUGCCCCACCGCCCCCUUUUCCCGGACGCUCAACGCCCGCUCCUCCAUCCGCACCACCGCCUCCACCC